AUGCGUCUUCCGUCUAUUUCCUCGCUUCUCUGCUUCGCAGGCCUAGUUGCCUUACCCGUGACUGCCUACGACGACCCAAAUAUCAAAAGCAUUCCCCCGUACCUCGAUUCGGAUUUCCAAAGCCGCUGGUUCGACUUCGGAGGAGAUACAGUAAUCCGCGCUGACAAAUACGUCCGCCUCACGGCUGACCGGCCUUCGCAGCAAGGAUGGAUUUCCUCCCGCGUGCCUCUGACCGCAACCAAUUGGCAGAUUGAACUCGAGUUCGAGAUCCAUGGCUCCGGCAACUUGCAUGGUGAUGGAUUUGCGCUCUGGCUCACCAAGGAGCGCGCCACGCAGGGCCCUGUUUUCGGUUCGACAGACAGAUUCGAGGGUCUCGGUAUUUUCUUCGACACUUACAAGAACAACCGCCCCGGUGUGUCGUUCCCUUACGUCAUGGCCAUGAUGGGUGAUGGGCACACUACCUAUGACCAGGCGCAUGACGGCAAGGCAAACGAGCUGGCCGGUUGCUCUGCUCGUGGUCUCCGCAGCGCCCCGGUUCCCACAAAAGCUCGCCUUACCUACUUCCAGGAUAAGUCCCUGUCCUUGGAGCUGCAGUAUAAGUCUGAAGACUCAUGGGUCGAGUGCUUCAAUCUUUCUGCCGAGGAUUCUAACAUCGCCAUCCCCUCCGUCGCAUACUUGGGUCUCUCCGCCGAGACCGGCGAGCUGAGCGAUAACCACGAUAUCAUCUCCCUCAAGGCCGAGAAUCUAUACUCGCUUAACCGCAGCAAUGACAACAAAGGCAAGACCACGGAAGGUCGGUCCAAGGGCCCUACCCGCUCCUCCAUUAAGCCUGUGAAGGAGAAGAGUAGCUGGUCUUGGUUCCUCUUCAAGACCAUCCUGUUCUUCGCCGUUAUUGUCGGUGGUUACUUUGGCUGGACGAUCUACCGGACCAAGGCCCGGUCAUCGCGUUUCUAA